CUAGAUGGAGGCCUAAAAUCACACAUAGACAUAGCGCAGAGAAGACGACAGAUUGUCAGUUUAAUGAUACUGUCACUGAAUCAUCACAAAUAUGGAGACAGUAUAAAUGUGUAUAUUAAGUUAUGUUUUUUAAAUAUAACAAUGGAGCUAAGAUUGUUUUUAAAAUAUGGAGAACAAAAUAAACAAAUUAAAGAAAGAUUUUGGUGUGGUAGAAGAUUUAUCUGACAUACAAUUCUUACAAAUUCAUAAAGAAAAUUAUAAAACUGAAAUCAAUGAAAAUAAUUUCGGAGAAAAACUUACUACUCUCUAUAUCAUUAAAUUCAGCAUAUUCAAUUUGGUGUAUUGCAUGAAGCUGUUGGUAUUUAUUUACGAAAGUUCCUCUGAAAUUUUGAAAUUAGACCUGAAGCUACAAGAUGAAGAUUUGCAAAAAGAACUGGAAGUUUGUCGAAACUUUUUGCAGAGAAGUAGAAAUAUAAAUUCUACUUUUUUAAAUCUGAAAAAAUUUUCAAGACUUUGUGAAGCUCGAAGAUUGAUAAUAAAUAUCGUACUUAAAAAAGAACCAAGAAUUUCUUUGUAUAGAAACGAUGAAGAUGCUUUAUGUAUAAAAUAUACUUGUGAUUCUCCCAAUAUUAUGAUAGAAAUAUGCUGGAAAAUAGGCUGGGAUUUGAAGAAUUGUGACAUUUUGGAUACCAUUGAAGUGUAUUAUAAUAAUUUUGAGUUACCAAAUUCACAAUUCAUCCAGGAGGAAUUAGAAGCUCUAACUCAUUCUUCUUUAGAUUUUAACAUAAAAUUAAAGUUGUGGAAAAAACUUAUGUCGGAUUUAUCAGAACAUACCAGACCAAUUGUAAUACUUGAUAAUGAACCAAACGAUCAAUCCGAUAAUGUGUUAGUUAUUUCUGAUAGUGAUGAUGAGAGGAGUGAAAUAGUGGACAUAACUAAUCAAGUUAUAUAUGUGACUGAUUAAAUCCGUAAAUGUUGCAACAUUAUGUUUUUCUUAAAUUACCAUAUUUUUGUUUCUCAUUUCCAUCAUCUUACAAAUAGUUACUGCUUUUUAAAUGAGAAAUUGUGGAAGAAUAAAUGAUAUUAUUCUUAUAUAUGAAUCUUUCCUAUUUUUUAAUGUACAUGUACCUACAAUAUCAAUUUUUCUUGAUAAACAGGGACAUGAAGCAAAAGAGGCAAAACUUAUGAGAUUCUGAGCAGUAUGAUGGAUCUAGAUAAAACAAAGUGCAUUUGCGAGUCUCGGGAAACUUUGUGAAAAAAAAAUUGUAUUUUUGUACCUGGAGCCAUCUUUAAGACCAAAAAGCUAUAUACCCCACAACAGCUUCUGAUCCACAAUGAUUUUUAAAUUUUGAUUCAAUUACAAAUCAACAGUUUUGCUCCAGGAAAAUGGAAGGAAUUUGAAGGUUAAAGAAAAGUCUUUGUUAAAAUUAAAAAUAAAUAGAUUUAUUGAAUAUUUCAUGUUCAGUUACAAAUAUAAAUUCAUAGUAGAAAAAGCGGCCGAUUUAUCAUUUUAUUUCUUCAUAUUUUUGUAAAUAAGGUAAUAAUUUAUUAACAGAAAAUAUAAUAUUAAAUAACAUGUGCUUAUUAUAUUAAUAACAAAACAUAUAUAAAAAACAAAACGCUGGUAUUUAAUAAAGUUUGUCAAUUGAUUAUUAUUGCACUUUUUUCGUUAUUUCAUGAAAGUUAGAUAUACAUAUGUGUUUUUAGGCAAGUGUUAGGCGGUAAAUUCGUCCUCUGUUUAUUUAUGUCAUUUUAUAAUCAAAGUAUCGCAAUUUUCAAGAACAUUUCUUAUUAUUGUGAAAAUAAAACACCAAUGAACAACGUGGUGCUAUAUGUUAUUCAAGUUAUUUAUUAUUAAAAUUUAACGUUUACUCCGGGUUUCUUCACUUCCUAAUAAAGUCCCUAUUAACUAUUAUUUACCUAAUAACCAAAAAUUCGGUUUGUUCACAUUCUGAUAAAUUGAACCUCCGAAUAAAUCGAAUUAUUUGCCAAAUAAUUAUUAGGAAGUCACAAUUGUCAUUUAAAGAGUUUAGUAGAAACUUAACCUAAAAUAUUAUACAUCAAAAGUGGUUUAUUACACCCAUAUAUGUGAUACUUCUAUAUGGAUAGUUUCUAUAAGUGGAAGCUGUUCCGACUAAGGAGCACAGAAUGAUAACGAUUUCUCUAUCCUCCGAGGUUCCAGCUCGGUUCUGCGCAUUCUCAAGCAUGCGCAGUAUAGAUAAAGUGUCUCGAACGAGAGAGAAAAUGCGUAGGGGCGUUAUUUCCCAUACCAACUGUCCAUAUAUGGUUAUACCUAUGUGUGAUUAGUCAUUUUUGGAAAUAUCCGUCAUACAAAUAUAGGAAUUGAUUAAGGAAAUACGGCUAAUUCCGAUCGUCAUAAAAUUGAUUAUUAUAAUUUUUGGUCCGUUGAUGAAAUUUUUUAUCGUUUCCUUUUUCAUUAUCAAUUAUUCUGAAUAUAAACUAUAAUUUUCAGACCAACACAACUUCACGACUAUUUCAACAUUAACCUUAACAAAACACGUGCAAAUUUAAUUAAGCACAGAUCGUUGUCACAAACACAAAUCAUAGGAAACUGUCAAUAGAAGAACGUUUUUUCGCUUAUUUCUUUACUUAUUCAAUACAUGGACGAUAGCUAUAUAGGCAUCUUUCAUAGUGUAACCAACAGUUCGGAUUUAAACAAACUAGGGUAAAGAAACUGUAAAUAUUUAUUCGACAAUUGAAAGUUCCUACUAAAGUUAUGCGGCUAAUAACUAUUUGGAAGUUUUUUAGAACGCGAAGAAACCAGACUUUGUUGUUGUUUCUAAUUAUUGAAGGAUUAACUUCCUAUAAGAUAAGG